AGUCACGUCUUCUGAAAUGCAGUUGAAAAAAAUGAGGGAAAUUUUACCAAGAUUGUACCCUGGCCAAGUUAAUGAUAAAAAUAAUUCCUUAACUACAUCCCCAAAGCAAUCGUCUGAGGAUAAAACAAAUCCAUCAAAAGGGGAUGAUGACCAGAACUGUUGUUACCAAGGGACUGAGGCUGAGAAUAAUAAGUUGUCACUGAUAAGCUGUAUAAAGUGCAGAAGUGUUCAGAAAAUUUCAGUGCAAGAUAUAGAAAAGCAUAAGAAGCUUGGGUGGACUGAAGACAAAAAUUUCAUCUGCAAGAAGUGCAGUCAUAUUACACCACCAGCUUUCCAUUUUGUUCCUGAGGGUGCCAGUGCUGUAGACUUCGAAAAAUGUGAAAAAAAAUCCCCAAGUAAAACCCAGAAAACAUUUAAAGUUAAAAACUUUCUGCCAGGUAAAUACUACUGUGAUAAAUGUAGAUUUUCAACAAAGGAUCCUUUGCAGUAUAAAAAGCAUGUAGGUCAACAUGAAGAAAUUAAGUUUCUUUGUUCCCACUGUAGUUACGUAUCCUACACCAAAGGAGAAUUCCAGAGACAUUUGGUGAAACACACUGGAACUUUUCCAUAUCAGUGUGAAUACUGUGAAUACGGUGCUGUUAGACAUGACUAUAUAGUAAAACAUACGAGAAGAGUACAUGAAACACCCACUAAACGGCUGUCAAAUACUAUCAUAAACCACAAGCAAAAGAAGCUGAGUCAAAGCACUUUAUUUGAAAAGCAGAAAUAUGAUAAAAUCCCUUUUCAGAAUGAACUUUCAAAUUCAUCUUCAAAUAUGGUUUGUGAGAUUCCGGAUAAAGUAACUAAAACAGUCUGUUUGUCUCAUGACAUAGAAUGUAGCGUAAACACAGCAUCAGUCCAGGAUAAAACAAUAUUGGAGUCAUCUGAAAUAAGUGUAUGUGAGAAUCAGAGUGUUGAAGUUGAGGUUUAUUCUCCAAAAACAGAGCCUUUACAACCUGGGAUGCCUUUAACAGUAAUUGCACCAUCUGAACUAGUAGUUCCUUCUAACUGUCUAGCUCAGAUAGUAGAGAUUAAAAUAGUGAAUGGAGCACAACAGCUGGUUCUUAAACUAAUUCCUAUGAAAGAAGCAACUUACAAAUCUGUGAACGGUGCUGAAGAGGAACUUGAGAAUCAAGGUAUAGAACGAUCUGCAGAAGGAAAAAAAACAUCUUCUGUAUCUCAAAAUGAAUUACUAACCAUGGAAGUGAAUGUAGACAAAUUAUCUAGUGUUAGUAACCAGUUUAAUUUGGAUGGUACAUAUGACAAUAAUUCUGAAUGUCUUUGUUUUUCUGAUUCUCAACUCUCAGACUGUAACUCUGUAUCUAUACAGAGGGAAGAUGCAUCAAAAUUAUGCUUUCAUUUGGUGAAAGGUAUUGAUGUCCAUUCAGGUGUUAUAGAACUUUGUUCUCCAUCUGUGGUGAUGAAUAGUGCUGAAAAAAAAAGUGAUCUUAAAUCUUCAAGGUGGGAAGCAGAUGGAAAAAAUAACUUACGUUAUGACUUGUAUUGUUUUGAAGAAGGUGUGGAUAUACCCCCUCCAAAAUAUGCUGCUGUUUCUGAAGAGAAGAGUUCCAAGAACAUUUCAGUAGAGGCAGUUCAGGAGGGCAAAAAUUCCCCUUCUUCUGCAGUCCUUAAACAAAGGGAUACAUUGCCUCUAAAGAGGGAUGAUGAUGAUGAAUGUAAGAGUCUGCCAGUCAGGUCUACAGAAACACAUUUAGCUGGUAAGGGUUUUGAUAAAAAAUCUGUUACAUCUUGUGAAGCAGGAAAAAACUUCCAUGUCACUAAAACGCCACCUUGUGAGGACAUGACUUUUGGCUUUAGAGCCAAAAAGAGAGCUGAAACCAUAAGUCAAAAGAACAAUCUUCUUCUGGAAUCAUUAGAACUACAAAAGAUAGAAACUAAAGGCAACCCUUUUGAGGGACCUGUUAUUUCGUCUGUGUUUUCUCUUAGCUCUGGGGCUGAAAACGUUCCAGAGGGUGUCAGAUGGGAUGACACAACAUGCAACAAGAAAUCAGCAACAUUGCUGUGUAGAAAGAUUGCUCAGCUCAUGUCUGCUGCUGAAUCUAACAUGAAAUCCAUGCCUUUGAGAUGUCAAGCUUCUAGUAAAAAGGUGCUUUUCCCUCAAGAAGAUUCAGCAAGCUGUGAGAGAGUUGUUCCUGCCACUGAAGUGGAACAGUCUGCAUCUUUGCCUCAAGUGCAUGGUGGAAGCAGUGUGAUUAGUAGUGAAGAACACAGUAAAGAUCAGUUGCUUACAUUUGCAAGAACAUCUAAAAGCAGGGUAACUAAAAAUUCCCAUGUUGCCACUCCAGUGUUUAUCCCCAAAGGGACAAUGCUCAGAGUGCUGAAUGCUACUAGCACUCAAAAAUCAAAUGGAAUAGAAAGCAGGAGUGAAACAUCAACUCCUAUAUAUUGCAAUGAAAUGUUUCUGCCUCGCCCAGUUCCUGUUAGUGUUUCUGAGACACUUGGCAGUUAUUUGCCAUGUUUGCCUGAUCAGAGUGAACCGAAUGCUCAGUCCCGAAGUCUGUCACUCAGGCAAAGGCCAAAGCGAGAGGCAAGUGUUAAAAAUAAUAGUAAACAAACUGGUGUACCGUUUCAGAAAAGCAGUGGUGUGAAUAAGCAAAGCAAACCCUAUUCAAAAAGUCAACUAGGUCCCAAAAAUAAGGUGAAACAAGCAAGCUUCAGAGAACUUCCUAAGAGGAAAACAAGAACUCAGUCAGAAACCAGUUCAAGUUCUGACAUGUCGUAUCUGUUGACAGCAAGACGUCUUCGGCUUGUCCCUCUGAGAAUGAAUCAGUUGAUAAAAUGCCCUCGUCGUAACCAGCCAGUUGUGGUGCUAAACCAUCCUGAUGUUGACUCACCAGAGAUAAUUAAUGUCAUGAAGACUAUCAACAAGUAUAAAGGUCAAGUCCUGAAAGUAGUUCUAUCAGAAAGGACAAGUAGUUGUCUUGGUGUCAAACGUUAUCGAAAGCGUCUUACUCUUCAAAAUGUUGAGACAGGAAACCAAGCAAAAAAGCAGAGUAUGCUAAAAAUGAAACUAAAAAAGACCCAUAAAAACAACUACCAGGUGGUGGAAACUUCACCAUCUGAAACACUUCAGUGUAUGUUUAAGUGUUGGUUUUGUGGAAGAGUAUAUAUGGACCAAGAGGAAUGGAUAAGUCAUGGACAGAGGCACUUGAUAGAGGCAACCAAGGGUUGGGAUGUUCUUUCUCUUCCAGCAAAAAAGCAUUAAUUGGGAGACUUGGGGGGAUUUCCGCUCUUAUUUUUAAUGAGUGCCGCUAACUUACUUGGAAAGUAAGAUUGAAAUAACUUGCUUUAUUUUGCCAAAAGGUCUCUACUGUUAGCAAAAUGGGAGAGGAGAGCGGAGUUAUAGAGAUACAGACAAACUGAUACUGAGGAUUAAGCACUACUUUGCACUCUCAUGUUUAAAAUUUGUAUUGGAGGUCAACUUCAUCUGUUCCAUAGGAGAAAUUUGUAAAAGAUUUGCUAUGCAAGCAUCUUUCUAGUUACCAUUGUCUGUGCUAGGAUACUGUGCUGUAACUGGUUUGUGUUAGGGCUGUAUGUGUUACAAUCUUAGACGAUGAGAUCUUUGUAAGUUUAACAGGGUUUAGUUUGCUUUAUUACAACGUGGUGUUUCAGGGAUUGAGCAUACAUGUACUGAAAAGCACCUUUGAUCCUCUGUGGGCAGCGAGUGUAUAUCAUAGGUUUUAGUGGCAAAUUAAGCACCACACAUAAAAAAAUGCAAGUACUCUGUUUCAGUGAAACAAAACCACUUCUGCUGGCUUCAGAGGAGAUACAAGGGUGUAAAUGAAGAAUCUGUGGGAUC